AUGGCCAGCGUUAUAGAUAUUUGCAUCUCGUUGAGUAACCUUGUUAAGACCAUUGGUGAGGCAGCUUGGGAGCUCGACGACCAUUGCGGACUUUUAGAUGAGGCCCGAAAAUUGCAUCGGUACCUUAGAAGAGUAGAAGCUGUUAUCACCGACAUAAAGCCAUAUCUUCGGGGAGUUCGAGUUUGGGGCAGCCUUCGGGAGAUCGAGGGGGUUUUCUCGUCACUUCUGCAUGUUUUAUUAGAAACUGGCGAGAAGGGUCCGCUGGUUCAGUAUUUGCAAGCGGACCGAGUCCUUGGGCGCUUCACGGCUGCAACAACAUAUCUUCAUGCCGCACUGGGCCACCUACAAGUUGAAGCAUGCCGGCCACAGUGCACUGCUAGCCCACCUGUCAGUGUUAGCAGCAGUGGACCUGCAGCGUUGGCAGUUGCCGUUGCGGUUCCUGCCGAAACCUUGGCCGAGCUGUGCGUUGUCCGAGAGCUCCUACAGCGCGCAGCCUUCAAGCUACCCGCAGGGCACAUCGCUAACUUGGAGCGUUUCCGCAAGGCGUGCGAUGGCUUAAACGUACACUUUCGCAUCAUGUUGACGUCGUAUAGCGAGAUGAUGAAGCAUACACGCCAGGACAGCCUCCUUAGCAAGGAGGCCUUCUGCGCAAUCAUCAAUGAGUUGCAAACGGAGGUCGAGGUGCUACAGCAGCAGAUGCUGCGGGCUGCUCAGCUUCCCUGUAGCCGCUCUUCAUGCGACCAAUCCUUUGGCUUCGUGGAAUAUGAAACGACGAAAUGCUUUGGCCAGGCGGCACAGCAACAUGGCCACUCCCAGCCGGAGCUUGAUAAGGCGCGGCACAACGCAGCCGAGCAGCACUAUCUUAGGAUGCUGAUGGACGUGGUGCGGGCCAGUCAAGUGAACACGGACAGCGAGGCACCCCUGGACUUCUUGUGCCCGCUGACACACCAGCUCAUGCAGGAUCCCGUACUGCUGCAUGAGACUGGGCACAGCUACGAACGCAAAGCUCUAGAGGAAUGGUGGUCAACCGGUCACCGCUUCUGCCCACGGACAGGCUUACAUCUGCGGCGGCUCAACAUCAGCCCGAAUCAUAACUUGCGCAGCGCGAUAGAGCGCUGGCGCCUUCACAGCGAUCUUCAUUUAAGCUUCAAACCCGUGCUAAGCACGCUUAGCUCGCAGCGCCAGGAGAUGCAGCAUCUCAACCAGCACCAGAAGGUUGCAUCCUGCUCUCAAUGUGACGCACGGACGCCACGCCAAGUGCCUUCUGCACGCUAUGUGCAGGACUUCGUGCCGUCCGUCCAGGUUGGUCAGCGUGAAAAUAAGGCGAGCAGGACGACCCCCUCUUGCUGCCCGGCGCAUGGCCCCUCCACGUGGGACGAGUCAUGCAGCGGCGCUGCACCGACGCGGCAUCCUCAGCCGCAGCAGCCCCGAGAGCAGGCAGUGCGGAGACAAGAUGGCAGCACUACAUCUUUAGAUGGUGCACAAGCAAGUGGCUUCACCGCCACUGACGGGGACAGCUGUGGAGUGCCAGACGUCAGUGAUACCGCCAGGGAAGUCUGCCUCACUGAAAGUGGGGCCACCAGCAGAUGCGCUGAGGACGCCUCCGUUCGCGUUUCCCCUUCCCCUUACUCGAGCAGCCAAGAGCUAGGGCUAUCCAGGUUUGCCUCGUGGGACUGUGAUAGCAGGGACAUCAACGCGCCGGGAAGUGCGGUACCGGACAGCGCGAUGGUAUGUAGUGCGACGGACACAUGCAUUAACGGCGAGGCUACAGGGGCGUGUGCAGGGACCAUAGGCGAACCAGAUAGUAAAAUGACGAGUUGCAUGCCUUGCAAUUGCGGCGUGUCCUCGUAG